GGGGCUGCCCUCCUCCAGUCCAGCUCCCUUCCCAGAGCUGUCCACAUCUGGAGCCCCCUCCACAUCUGGAAGACCCCAGGCACAGUUCUUCUGCAGAUGUCACUUGCAACCAGAGACCUCUGCCUUUGCAACUGCCCAAGAAUCGUGAGGGGAUUGUGCUGCUUCCCUAA